GAGCUUUAAUAAGACCGGAAGUUGGCGAGACAACGAGACUGUUAUUAGCCGUAGUUAUGGCACUUGAUGUGAAAACCAGAGCAAAACGAUACGAAAAGCUGGACUUCCUCGGAGAGGGUCAGUUCGCCACAGUGUAUAAAGCCAGAGACAAACAGACCGACACGAUAGUUGCAAUUAAGAAGAUAAAGGUGGGCCACAGAACAGAGGCUAAAGAUGGUAUAAACAGGACUGCACUCAGAGAGAUCAAAUUGCUUCAGGAGCUGCAUCAUCCAAACAUCAUUGGGCUGUUGGAUGCAUUUGGACACAAAUCAAACAUAAGCCUGGUGUUUGAUUUCAUGGAAACAGACCUGGAGGUCAUCAUUAAAGACACCAGCCUCGUCUUAACUCCAGCCCACAUUAAAGCCUACAUCCUCAUGACGCUACAAGGCUUGGAGUUCAUGCACCAACACUGGGUGCUACACAGAGAUCUGAAGCCUAAUAAUCUGUUGCUAGACGGGAACGGAGUGUUGAAGUUGGCUGAUUUUGGUUUGGCCAAAGCUUUCGGCAGCCCAAACAGAAUCUACACGCAUCAAGUUGUUACCAGGUGGUACCGCUCUCCUGAGCUCCUGUUUGGUGCCAGAAUGUAUGGUGUGGGCGUCGACAUGUGGGCCGUGGGAUGCAUCCUGGCUGAGUUACUUCUUCGGAUACCAUUUCUUGCCGGAGACUCGGAUCUGGACCAGCUGACUAAAAUCUUUGAAGCUCUCGGGACUCCCACAGAAGAGACUUGGCCUGGGAUGACCAGCCUACCAGACUAUGUGUCCUUCAAGAUAUUUCCUGGUACCCCUCUGGAGCACAUAUUUAGUGCUGCUGGAGACGAUUUACUUGAGCUCCUGCAAGGCCUCUUUACCUUUAACCCGUUAACGAGGACCACAGCUACACAGGCUCUGAAGAUGAGGUACUUCAGUAAUCGCCCGGGCCCCACUCCUGGUCCCCAGCUACCACGACCCAACGCCUCUCUAGAGGCUUUGAGGGAGAAAGACACGGUCGGACUCAAGAGGAAAAUAGAGGGCUUGGAUACAACUGUAAUGAAGAAAAAGCUAAUUUUCUGACCAGAUGAGAGCUGGUAUUAUCGGAUGACUUCUCCCAGGAAUCUCCACUGGAUGUAAACACAAAUCCACCUUCAGAUGAGGCUGACUUUAGGACUCUGCAGGAGCUGUAGUAUUUAUGUGGUGACUGUGCCUGUAGGACAGCUCAGGAUGUCCCAUGUGCUGCUGGACUCGGACACGGAUGCAUCAACUCUAAAAGCACAUUGAACUAUUUCUUUUUGUUGCUUAAGAAAGCAGACAUAAUCUUUUUUAUGUCAUGACUGUUUUAUGUUUGUUUUUUUAUGUAUUGCCAAUAAAUGGUGUGAAUGCAUAUCAGAUAUUUGACUUU